AUGAUUAGUUAUGAACCCGUACCAGAUGAAUUAGAUGAAGAGUUCAUUUUACCGGAUGAAGUAGAGCCGAUCUUCUCGGAGGUAUCGUUGUAUACCGAGAAUACGGGCAAUGGUAUAGCACUGAUGUGGGCACCGCGACCGUUCAAUAUGCGUUCGGGUCGAACGAGACGUGCGGUUGAUGUGCCGUUAGUGAAGACGUGGUAUCGAGAGCAUUGUCCGUCUGGUAUGCCAGUAAAGGUUCGCGUAUCAUAUCAAAAACUUUUGAAAGUAUUCGUACUGAAUGCAUUGCGUCAUCGUCCACCGAAACCGCAGAAGCGAAGAUAUCUAUUCCGUUCAUUCAAAUCAACGAAAUUCUUCCAAUCCACAACACUUGAUUGGGUUGAAGUCGGACUUCAAGUGUUGCGUCAGGGUUACAAUAUGUUGAACUUAUUGAUUCAUCGAAAGAAUUUGAACUAUCUCCAUCUCGAUUACAAUUUCAACUUGAAGGUUCGUCUAUCUGGAAACCACUUUUUUACACUUGUUCACGUCAUAUUUAGAUAUCUUCAUCACGUUUUGAGAUAA